CAACGCUGGCGAUUAAUAAACACGCCAGUGUAGAUUCCAAUCUAACAGCGAGAAAUGACACGCCCAAGCUCUCCCACACGCGAGUUUCAAGGAAUUCACGUCAUGUUUUCGUGGUUUGUGGUGUGCGUAUUGUUUUCUUUUGGACGAAACGAUGCGGCGCCGACUAGGACGGAGACUAUGACCAAGAUGAGCGCUAUGGACCUCGAGGGCUCGUCCAGUGGAUACGUGUACAACCAGCAACAGGGUCUUCCGGUCUACUACGUGCAAUACACCAAUCAUGGAAGCGGACGUUACUAUCAUGCACCAGAGUCCGUGCGGUACGUUGUCGAUCCUGUUGUACCUGUUGCUCACGCUGCUUCUGCUGCUCCUGCAUCGUUUCUGCGCCCCUAUGAAUCUGCGGAAGAUGUUCCGCAAACUGGCAAGCAGGUUCAUCAAGAAACAGCUAAUUACGGCCGCCAGCGAUCACCUCAUCGCUUGGAUGUGCCCGUCAAAGAGCCACGCGCCCCGUACUACGUUUCCGAAAAGACUCCAGAAGAAGCGAAGGAAGCCUUUCGUCUUCGAUUCCACGAAGAGGAUGGUAUACAUAACGGUGUCGAGGUCGAGCAAGAUGACGAAAAUGACAGCGAGGAUGAAGAGGAAGAUCAAGUUGACGAGUACAACGAGGACAGCAACGACGAGGAGAUUUAUGAUGACAACGAUCGUUCAGUGGGGACGAAUUUUGGUGGUGGUUACGGUGCCAAGAGUGUAGGUGGAAGUUCUUCCUCUGAAGCUAGUGGUAGUCGGAAGCAUAGCGGUGAAGAGUACUCUCAGCGUGGCGAGAAAGGGCGUGAGAGUUACGAGAAGAAUAAAGAGGUUAGCAAAGGCGAACACGGUGCUCAUGAUAGCGAAAAUCAGAAGGGGUACUACAGCAGCAAAGGUGAGCGUGACAAGGGACACGUCGACGAAGCAGAGAACCAUGGUUCCCACGAAGAAGCAGAGAAAGCUGAAGACGGUAGUGACUACGGACAUUUCUCGUACAACAAGAAGGGGCACAAAACCAACGGUUUUCACAAUGUAUAUCGCAAAGAUGAGUACAAGAAGGAGACAGAUUUCUACGAUGAUGACCACAAGAAAGGUCACUUUGAUAAAUACGAGAAUUUCCACGAAGGUUACGAAGCAGUCCAAGGUGGCUUCAAGAAAGGCGGCCAUCGCUCUUCGGAGAACGAGCAUCAGGAUCGCGGUAAGAAAGGAUACUUCAACAAAGGACAUCAACGGUAUCAAGAUCAAGGUCACGAGGCUGAAAAAGGCGAGAGAUCGUACCACGCGAAUCAUGCGAAUUAUAGUGCCGAAGAAGGUUCGAAAUCUGCUAAAGUACAAAAGUCUCGAAAAGAUUCUGGUCGUUAAUUAGUGUUACAAGUGAUUGCAGUUUGAUCUGUUGUUGUUUUAUAUUUAUUGUAUUCUAUGCCACGGAAUAAAAAAGUUUUAAUAAUUA